CCGUUUGUUGGGGAGUCUCAAACUUUAGCAAGUUCAAGUAAGCGCUGUUUACGCAAUUCCUUGUUUAAAAAAAAAAGGAAAGAAAUAAAAGAAAGAAGAGCCUGGCGCUGAAGAAGUUAUACGGUUAGACAGUUAUUUGUGUGUUAAGCAGACAUUCGGUGGGAAACAUAUUUGUCGUUAGCCGCCGCUGUCGGCUAAGUUAGCUUCACGCAGCCGAAGAGGCUAACGUGGCUAACGUCUGUUAAACGUCCGCAGGAGAGAGCCGAGAGAGAGCAUUGUGACUUGGAGGAAGGAAGGAAACUUGAUCAGCAGGAUCACUGCGUUCUGCUUGCUGCUGCUUGUAUGCGCACACAGCUAGCACACUUCGCCAGCUUGUCGCCGUGACGCGUCCAGAAAAGGUGACUAAAUCUUAAGUGCGCGGUGUGAUAUUUCACACUUUUUUCGGUUAUUAGGUAUGUUAACGUGUAAGUGUUAACGCGUCGCUCGGCUAGUUUUGCGGUUUCCAAGGGGUGUUAGCCCGUUAGCAACAAACUUCUAAAGAAGUUUUGUUAGUCCAGUCUAGCUUGUUGAUCAUCUAAGGAAAUACAAGCGGACCGGUGUUUUUCUUUUUCUUCUUUUUUCCACUUCUUCUUCUUCUCCACACGAACCCCCUGUCGGAACCAUAGGCGACCGGGGAGCAGGACUCAUGGCAUCGGACUUGAUGGAAAGUGAAGCGGCGCUGAAGGGGGACACGGCUUUGAACAAUAGAGCAGAUUUUGUCACACCCAGCAGGACUCAUGGGGAUUUGGGACACAGACAGACGCCGAGUCCUUCGUCUUCCGGAGUGUCGGGAGAGCAGGAGGAGGAGGAGGAGGGGGGCGACGAGGACUUUCAGGUUAACCCAGCCUCGGCGGUGGAAAAUGGCGAGAAGUCGCAGGAAGAAAGUUUGACCAACGCGAGAGGGACGGCGCCGGGAGAAGCGCAGAAAGCGCCGGGAGGAGGACGCUCUACCCCGGUUAGCCUUCCCAGGUCGCACUCGCCACCUGGAACUACUGGAAGCUUAGAGAGGCAAGAGUCGGUCGCCACGACGGAAGCCCGUCUGAGAAUGGAAGGAGUUGAGCUGAAGGAAGAGUGGCAGGACGAAGACUUCCCACGGCCCCUCCCAGAGGAAGAGGAGCUGGACGAGUUCUUUGCUGGAACCUCUGAAGAGACAGACCCUGACUACGCAGUGAACGGAGGCAAGAAGGCGAAGAAAAAGCUGUCCGCUCCAGACAUCAGUCUAACCCUGGACCGCAGCGAGGGUUCGCUUCUCUCCGAUGAGCUGGAGGAAAGCACGGAGCUGGAUCUCGAUGAAAUAGAGACCCCGUCCGACAACAGCCAAGAGUUUGAAUGGGAAGACGAUCUUCCUAAACCAAAAACCACAGAAAUACUGCAGAAAGGCGUAGAGUCCGUCCAGGAGUAUUCUGCGUCAGAAGAGCGGGAGGAGGGCCGGCGAUGGAGGACUUUCCGUAUUGGAGAUCAAGAUCACAGAGUGGAUAUGAAGGCCAUCGAACUUUACAAAAAAGUCAUCAGCCACGGGGGUUAUUAUGGGGACGGUUUGAACGCCAUAAUUGUCUUCGCCGUUUGCUUCAUGCCUGAGAGCAGUCAACCAAAUUAUAGAUACAUCAUGGACAAUUUAUUCAAGUACGUCAUCGGGACUCUGGAGCUGCUGGUUGCAGAGAAUUAUAUGAUCGUGUAUUUAAAUGGGGCGACGUCUCGGAAAAAGAUGCCGACCGUCGGCUGGCUCAGGAAGUGCUACCAGCAGAUCGAUAGGAGGUUACGGAAAAAUCUCAAAUCAUUGAUAAUCGUCCAUCCCUCCUGGUUUAUUCGCACCCUGCUGGCAAUCACAAAACCUUUCAUAAGCACCAAGUUUACUCAGAAAGUCAAGUAUGUGUACAGCUUGACAGACCUCGCUGAGCUCGUUCCAAUGGAGUAUGUGUCCAUACCUGAUUGUAUCAAACAGUUUGACGCCGAAAAAAAUAGGAAAAGCAAUAAAAGGUUUAGAGUUGAUGCAGUUUACAUUUGAAUUGACCAGGAAAUGUCCGGGAAGGUGGAGAUUGCCGCUGCCGCUGUUCCAGAGUAACUGCCCCGCCCUGCAAUUUGAGGAGCAGAACAGAAACGGAUCUUUAUAACGCAUGUCCACGUUUAAGUUCUGCCCGAUGUGACAGUAAAACUUCUUUGUCAACCUGGAAAGUGCCUUUUUGACUCAAUGCUGCCUGUUACUUUGUCAGACAUUUUUUUUGUGUACUUUUUUAAUUUUAUUGUCAAACCUAACUGUCAACACUUUGCCCACAUGCUGUCGGGGAUGUUUUAAUUGUUUGUUUUUUUUAGUUAGUCCCCCUGAAGCCUGGCUUCUGUUUCUUAGUUACAGAUAUAUUCUCACUUAUAUCCUCACUUUAUUUAACACACUCUGUUACAAGUGGUUGUUGCAUGUUCUGCCCUAUUACAUUGAAAUAUAUAUUUAUAUUCAAAAGAUGUCAAAGCAGAGAAAUUAAUAUAUUUUUAUGAACUGAUUUUUAAACUACAAUUUCUAGGUCUCGGAUUCACUGAGUGGCAUUUUAUGGAAAGUAUCAACAGCACCUUUUUCACUGUUCACUGCUGACGUUCUGUUGAAUAAAGCCGUUUGUCGCCCCUGACUCGGAUGUCCCUUCUGGCUUUUGGAGAGAGAGCCUGAAGCAAAUUUUAUUAAAUAAAUAUCACAAGUUACA